AAGACAUUGUGACAGAAGAGAUGUUGGAUGAAGAUGUCAACAUCUGCAUUUCUGAGACAGAUACCAUUUUACUGCUGGACAUACCUCCCUGCUUUAGAUCAGAGGAUGCUGAUGAUGCAGAAGCUAUAAAAGAGAAAAACAUUCCAAUAUGCUGAGCUUUGCAAAAACAGAAUGGGCAACGAUAAGUAUGUGGUACGACCAAUGCAGACAUUCAGUGGAGCACCUAAAAACAAGCAGAUCCAGACGGACAAUAUUGGCGUGGUGGAAGAAGGCACGACGGCUACUAUCUGGGACAUCUUUGACUCUUUCUGUGUCCAAAAUGAAACCCCUGAAAGUGAGAAGGCCGACUAUCUAGAGACAACUGUGAACACCAGCAAAGGUCAAGAGAAGAUAGGAGAGAAGAGCAGCAGCAGCAGCACCACAGUCAGCACAGGCUGCACCAUUAGCUCAAUGUCGGAAAUGGAAAUGAGUGGGAACAGUUUAAAUGUUGAGUCCGACUCACAGCUGAUCAUGUCAUCGGAGUCAUUCCAACACAGCUUGUUAGUGAUGGAGAGGAGCAUCGUAGCAAACACCUUUCAACCCAAGCUGGCCGCUUAUAGACAGCUGCCAAUACCAGAAGACCCUGACAGCACAGUGAAGCCUGGGAUCAAGGUACAGAGCGAGGAGGGUGAGGAGAGCUCUUUAUCUCCAACUCUGGAGCGUCUCUGGGCUUUCACCUGUGAGCUCUCCAGAGGACGCAACAUCACCAGCAUGGCCUGGAACAAGGAGAACCUGGAUCUCCUGGCGGUGGGCUACGGUGACUGGGACUCCAGGACCGAGAAGCCAAGUUUGAUCUGCUGUUGGUCCCUCAAAAACCCUAUGUGGCCAGAGCGAGUCUUCUACUGUCAGAGUUGCGUGACAUCCCUGGACUUCUCAUCCAACAACCCCAACCAGCUGGGUGUGGGGAUGUACGAUGGCACUGUAGCCAUCUACAAUGUCCAGAGUCGGAACAACGUCACAUGUAUCGCCAACAGCAGAGAGUGUUCCAACAAGCAUCUGCAUCCAGUGUGGCAGGUCAACUGGACCAAAAAAGAGACGACAUUAUCGGGGAUGGACAGGGGAGAAGCUCUCGUCGCUGUGGCGGCAGAUGGCAGGAUUACCAAGUGGCUCUUCUCCGGCAAUAGUCUUGACUGCAUAGACCUGAUGAAGCUAAAGAAGAGUCAACACUUUAAGAAGAACACAGUAGAGACAGACGUUAUUAUUUCACCAAUGACUCCCGGUCUUUGUGUGGACUUCCAUCCAACAGAUUCCAGUAUUUAUCUGACUGGCACAUGUGAGGGCCUCAUCCAGAAGUGCUCCAUCUUCAACAGUCAGAAUUUCCUGGACACUUACAAAAAACACUUUUGCCCUGUGAACCACGUUGAAUGGUCUCCAUUUAGUUCUGAUGUGUUCCUGAGCUGCUCCUCGGACUGGACCAUCCAGCUGUGGAAGCAGGACCUCUUCACCCCCGUGUUGAGCGUCACAUCCUCCCAGAGGGCCGUGUUAGCCGUCAGGUGGUCCCCAAAUUCGUCCACAGUAUUUGCAGCCAUUAAUGGACGACAGGUGGAGAUCUGGGACUUGACUUUAAGCAUCCGGCACCCGACCAUAGUGCACCAUGCUGCAGCUGGUGUGAGGCUGACGUCCCUGCUGUUCGUCAAGGGGAAUGACUGUGUCUUAGUCGGGGACAGUGAAGGGCAAGUGACUGUCUACCAGCUCAAGAACCUCAGUGUGGGAGAAGGCAAGCAGGUGGAUCGUUUGAAUGACAUCAUUCACUCUGCAGUGUCCUGGUAGCUGGUCGCUAAAGUGAAACUUUUAAACUGCAAUGUAAAAGCUUUAAUCCAUUUGCCAUUUUCA